CAAACAACAAACAAACAAUGGAUCAGACGCGCACAAAUAGGCGCAAAUAGCCUAAAAAUAAAAACAAAAACAGGGCCAUUCAUCCGUUUUUGACCGCAUUAUAUCACGGAGGUGUUAUUUAACACAAGUGACUUAUUUAUAAGAAACUUCCACCUGGAUGUGCGUGCGCGUGCACUUGCGUGUUUGUGUGCGUGCCUGUGAGUGAACGCGAGGGGUUAGUGACACGGCCCUCUGCAAAGGGGGGGUUGGGUAGCAGUGCCGAUUGGUUGCUGGUUGCAGUCAGGGCUUGUUUUAACAUAACCGUGGGGCACUUCGACAGCAGGCAAAAAUCAUGUAGUAAAUAAGCUGCUGGGAACCGGCUGUGGCACACUGAAUUUUGCCGCUGUAUGGCGUUGCAGCGCAAUGGAUAUUUACUUGUUAUUUUGCGUUUGAGGUGACAGUUUUUUUAGGGGGCCGCCGCUGAUGAGGCGAUGAAGUGCAGAGAAUGAGAGCUGUGCCUUGGCCUACUAGUGCUGCUGCAGCUGGGAUUGUGCAGAUUCGCUUUCACAAACCGAGAAAAAUAGUCGCUCUGUGCCACAUUAUCAAACAUCCGCUGUUGGUUUCACGGUGACCGACCUCCAAAUGGAUAUAGCCGUGACAACAUGAAUCAGUCAUACAGACCGGCUGUUAGGGUGGGCUCAGUGUUUGCUUCAGGCCAGCCAGAGCGGAGGCCCCACAAUGGUCUUGUGAGCACUUCCUAUGGAAACCAAUGUGGCAUUGUGAGGCGUGGGUCAGACCAACCGUCAGCCGUGCAACCUCCAUCCUCCAGCCUCAAACAGCCUGCUGCACUGGGGUACAGCCAGCCAGACCGAUCUCACUGCUACAGCCCGCUGAAGAGGCUGCCUGACCUGAACACUGUGGUCAACAGGCCUGACCUGGAGAGGGACCUCCAUCCUAGGAACCACUUGCACUGUGCAAGUCCAAUCAGUGACGACGAGGACGAUGAGUUUGAGGCACCGUCGGUCCAGCUGCCCCCUUCUCCGGGCAGUGAUGACAUUGAACCUUUGGAGACUCUGCAGGACGUGAGCAGAAAUGGUUUCUCGCCUCACAGUUCUGAUAGUUUGGAGCACUGUUCCCCCAUCCCCAAUGGCUACCUGCAUUUUGAGUCCACGCUGUUUGACAGCAGUGACAUUAAGGAGGAGGACGAGGACGGGGAGCUCAGCAGUAGCGAGGACCUGGCGCCCUUUCACCACUCCCCAAAGUUGAGUCAGGACCGAACUGUUACUGACAGUAAGAGCACGUGCAGCUCAGGGGCGGAUAAAAGAACAUACAAACCUACUGUUUUUAAUCUAAUGUCCAAAACUAUAUCCGAACUCAACCCCACACUAAGCCCCAGCGCACUGCCAGAUAUCACUAAGAGAGAUGGGUGGAGCUUUGGUGAGGAAUCAGACAGUGAUGGUGAACUUGCCUCUCCUGUUGACCCUGGACUUAUUUCACCAGCAGGGACCAACUCUAAUUCCAACAGCCCAAAGAAAAAGGCUCUUCCUACUGUGAAAUACGUGGAAGGGGACUUGGUGUGGGCUAAAUUCAACAGACGGCCCUGGUGGCCCUGCCAUGUUACCUGUGACCCAGACAAGGGGAGCCACACUAAGAUGAAAGUUCCCAGUCCCCGUCCCUGUCGGAUGUAUUUCCUGGAGACGAUUGGGGAGAUUAUAGAAAGAGCAUGGGUCCCCGGGAAUGUCAUUCUUCCUUUCGAAGGAGGUCAUCAGUUUGAAGACCUACCUGUGCUUAGACGGAGAGGGAAGCAGAAGGAGAAAGACUACAAGUAUACGCAGAUACCCAAAAGUUUACUGACUGCGUGGAAAGUCAGUGUGACAGAAGCUGAGUAUCUGCUCCCACAUCGACAAAGGAAUACUGAAAGCGUGCUUUCAAUAUCUGUCAAUGGAGAGGAGCGUGUGCCCAGCCCAGGCCCUACUGAAAAGCCACAGGAGGCCCCCUCUGUCUCUGUGGAACCUGGUCGACCCCCAUCACCCAAUAUGGCCCCCAACGGAAAUGAAACCCAUUUAAUCAAAAACUCUGCUGCAGUUCAAUCCAAUAAGAGCAAAGCUUGUAAGAAGAAAAAGAAAUGUUUGUCCGAUAUAUUUGGCCAUAUAGUUGGUGGAUCAAAGGAGUCAUCCACUAUCACGAGUGUGGCGGAUCAGUUUCAUACUACAAGUCGUGCACUGAAAGAAGAGCCAGAGGACUCACCUUAUGCGGACCUGGAUUCAGUUCCAAUGCUGCAUCGUCCUAAACGCACAGCAGUGUCUCCAAUAGAGGAUGUGGACCGAUUAGUCAGAAAAGAACAGGAUUCAACUAAAGCUAAAACAAGGUUAGGUGAAAAAGUGAACCAUAUUACAGAUUCCUGUGAUUCAUCUAGCAUUUUAACAAAAAAAUUGACAUCUAAAGAUACAAACUCUGAACAGAGUUUGGGCAGCUGUAAUGAAUUGUCGCACAGUUCGACUGAAAAGCACUCGAUGAACCUUCCUGCCAGCAGUCGUUUGAUGACAAGGGCUCUGAAAGCGGAGGAAGACACAGAUGCACUGGCUGCAAGCCAAAUCUCAACAGUAGUCCAUGCUGAUGACUCUUCUGAUAAUGCACCUACUAAUGUGCCCAUCAAAACUGAAAUGUCUCCUAACUGGGAAUCCCCCAGCAAUGCACCAUCCUCUACAAAUCACAGCUCUCCAAAAAGGCGCGCAAGGAAACCUGAUAAGAAACAAAUUCGUAACGGCUCACUGAUAAUGUCCAAGUGUGUAGGGUCAAGCGUACCCACUGUGCAGCCUGUUGAGAUCAAGACAGAAAACACUGUCCCAGAUCGGCCAUCAUCUUCUUCCCCAUCCUCCUCUCUGUCUCCAAUGGAUGCUUUCCAGGAUCCCAAGGAACUAACGUUUAAAUCUCUUGUGAAGGAGGACAGCAGCGACUCUGAGUUGACGGCAUUUCGGCCUGAUUCCAAUUAUAAAUUCAGUACCUUCCUAAUGCUCCUGAAAGACAUGCACGACACGAGAGAAAAAGAAGGUAAACCCCUGACUCUCCCGCCAUCACCGGUUGUGAUCAAGGAAGAACCCCUGGUCAUUCCUACUUCCACAAGAGGAGACCGGGGUUCUCGUGAUGGUUUCGCUCCAAGGAUAAAAACAGAGAAAGGGCAGUCGGGGAAAUCCACAGCAUCCCAAAACAGAGCAGUGAAAACCAAGAACAGGACUAAAGCUAUCAUGACAGCUGACACCUACCAUUGCAAAGACUUUCCUAAUCACUCUCAGAUCAGGAGCUCAGACAAGCAGCGUAGAAAACAAACUCUACCUGCAAAACUGAAACUCAGCAUACCUGGUCUCUCUUCGGACCUGGCUGACUUGGCUUACGGCAGGGAGUUUGUCAGUGGCCACGCUGACUUAGCCGAUCCCGGGUCUCGCCCCCUCGUCACUGCUGAUCCUUCGGCCAGCUACCUCGAUAUGAAACCAGGAUCCGCAGUGGCUCCAAAGAAGCACUGGCAGCUGGUUGAGGAGGGUGCUGGGAAUAAGGGUGAAGUUAAGAGUGAGGUGUCUACUGAGAUGAAUGGGUUUUACACCACAAGAGAGUCACCAGACCUGGAUCUGGGAGUUGAGAAGCAUGCAGAGAAUGACUCGUACUUCUCAGAGACAAGCAGCACAACCGGACAUUCAGAGAACAAACGUCUCCGGAAACCGACUAAAAGGCUCCUGGAGUCAACCGAGGAGUAUGAACAAAUAUUUGUCCCAAAAAAGAACUCAAAGAAACACACUUCAGAAUCUUCCAAAAUGCAGACAUCAGGGAUGACAGCACUCCACGAUCUCAGCACCACACCAGGAGUAAUUACCUCAGCUUCGACCUCAUCCUCGUCUUCUGUAGAGCCCGCUGAGGCCCCGUCAGAGCUGGAACAGAGUCCAUCUCAGGAUGAGCUCUCUCCUGUAGCACCCUCAGUAUCUCCAACCACAACACAACCCUCCCCUGACACAGAGACAGCAGAAAAAACAGAUCUACCUCUUGAAUCUGACACAGGGUUAAUCCAAGAAAGAAAGAGGCCAAGAAAGCUGUCGCAGAAGGUGAUGGAAUGUACCAUAGAAGAAGUGUCGGCUGCUGCUACCAAGAAGAAGGAGCUAAAGCGACACAGUGGAGUUACUUCAGCGGUGAAAGUGUUAGUCAAGAAAACUCAGGUUGGAUCUGUGAAGAAAGAGAAGCCUGUACCCAGCACAUCCUCUGCCCCUGAUGCUGCCUCCCAGCACGCAGAAAGCAAAGAUCUCCUCGGGGGCCUCACUCCAAACAGACCUCCCAGCCCUCGAGGAUCUAAGACCCCCAAGCAGGAAGCAGAGAUGGAGGCCUGCAGCACUGAGGAGCAACAAAAUGUACACACUGGAACACUAACUCCCAAACCUGAGGUGCUGUCUGUUGGUUUGAAUGACAGCCUCUCCUCCCAAGUGGAUGUAAAAGGGAAAAUAGGAGCUACAUCCUUAAAGGAGAACGUCUGUCAGGUGUGUGAGAGGACAGGAGACCUGCUGGUGUGUGACGGCCACUGUUAUGGAGCCUUUCACCCGCAGUGUAUUGGCCUGUCAGCGGCUCCCAAGGGAAAAUUCCUCUGUCGUGAAUGCAACACUGGUGUUCACACAUGCUUUGUGUGUAAAAAGUCUGGUAACGGGGUAAAGCGCUGCAUGAUACCACUGUGUGGGAAGUUCUACCACACCGACUGUAUACUGGCCUACUCAGCCACCCAGCCUCAUAACAAAGGCUUCCGCUGCCCUCUGCAUGUCUGUCUCUCCUGCCAUAUCACCAACCCUCUCAACAUCUGCAGCUCUAAAGGUCGGUUGGCUCGAUGCUUACGCUGCCCUGUGGCCUAUCAUGCCAAUGACAACUGCAUGGCAGCAGGCAGCUUGGUGCUGGCAAACAACAGUUUUCUCUGUCCAAACCACUUCACUCCCCGCAAGGGCUGCAAAAACCACGAACACAUCAACGUUAGCUGGUGCUUUGUCUGCUCUGAGGGGGGCAGUCUGCUGUGCUGUGAAGCCUGUCCUGCUGCUUUUCAUCGGGAAUGUUUGAAUAUGGAGAUGCCUCAGGGCAGCUGGUUCUGUAAUGACUGCAAAGCGGGAAAGAGGCCUCGUAUUAAGGACAUACUGUGGGUCAAAUGGGGACGUUACAGGUGGUGGCCUGCAGAAGUCUGUCUGACCAAAGACGUCCCAAAUAACAUCUUGAGGAUGAAACAUGAGGUGGGAGAGUUCCCAGUGCAAUUCUUUGGCUCCAAAGAUUUUGUGUGGACAUACCAGGCCAGAGUCUUCCCCUACAUGGAGGGGGACACUCAAAACAUAGAGAAAAUGGGAAAGGGUGCAGAUGCAGUGUACAAAAAGGCCCUGAUGGAAGCAGCAGACCGUUUCAAAGAGCUCCAGGCAGAAAAGGAAAUGAAGCAGCUUCAGGAGGACAGGAAGAACGACAAGAAACCUCCUCCAUACAGGCACAUUAGGGUAAACCGGCCAGUUGGGAAGGUGCAGAUCAUUACCGCUGACCUGUCCGAAAUCCCGCGUUGUAACUGUAAGGCGUCUGACGAGAACCCGUGCGGCAUCGACUCGGAGUGCAUUAAUCGCAUGCUGAUGUACGAGUGCCAUCCUCAGGUGUGUGCGGCAGGGGAGCGAUGUCAGAACCAGGCCUUCACAAAGCGCCAGUACACACCUGUGGAGAUUUACAGGACACUAAACUGCGGCUGGGGUUUACGUGCUGUGUCGGACAUCAAGAAGGGAGCGUUUGUGAGUGAAUAUGUGGGAGAGGUGAUAGACGAAGAAGAAUGUCGAGCCAGGAUUAGACACGCCCAGGAGAACGACAUCUGUAACUUCUACAUGCUUACACUGGACAAGGACCGGAUCAUUGAUGCCGGGCCCAAAGGGAACCAGGCUCGCUUCAUGAAUCACAGCUGCCAGCCAAACUGUGAGACCCAGAAGUGGACUGUGAAUGGGGACACCAGGGUGGGGCUGUUUGCUCUACAAGACAUCCCAAAAGAUGAGGAGCUGAAGUUCAACUACAACCUGGAGUGUCUUGGCAAUGGAAAAACUGCCUGUAAAUGUGGAGCACCCAACUGCAGCGGCUUCCUGGGUGUCCGGCCGAAGAACCAGCCAUCAGCUGAGAAACUGAAACUGAAGGAGGGGAAGCGAAAGGUCCCCAUAAAGAAGAAGACCAAGCAAGAAGUCACCAAGGAGAGGGAAGACGAGUGCUUCAGUUGUGGUGAUGGAGGCCAGAUAGUGUCCUGUAAGAAGCCAGGCUGCCCAAAGGUCUAUCACGCUGACUGUCUCAACCUGGCCAAGAGGCCUGCAGGGCGAUGGGAGUGUCCAUGGCACCAGUGUGACAUCUGUGGUAAAGAGGCGGCUUCGUUCUGUGAGAUGUGCCCCAGCUCUUACUGUAAGGAGCAUCGUGAAGGCAUGCUCUUCAUCUCCAAGCUGGAUGGCAAACUGUCCUGCAGUGAACACGACCCCUGUGGGCCCGACCCGCUGGAGCCGGGUGAGAUCCGUGAAUACGUGCCCAACGCGACCUCCAUGAGGCCCGGGUCCAUGGCUGGGCCUCUCUCGCUGGUCCCAGACUCCAGAAGAGCCGGUUCUGCUCCCAUCUCCUCCCCUUCUGACCAGGCAGCGACGGCCGGACCAGGGCCUCCUCCUCGUCUGUACAUCAACACAAAGACUGCUACCUCGAGCUUCAUCCCCUCCAACAGGUCUUACCUCCCAGACAGGACCGAAGGGAAAGCGUGUUCCACUCCCACCUCCUCCAAGGACGAGAGAGAGGACGGGGAGGUGGAAGACGGGGAGGUGUGUGGGUUGGAGGUGGAAGACGUGGAAGACGUGGAAGAUGACGACGAAGACGAAGAUGACGACGAAGAAGCAGAGGAGGAAGACGAUGAAAUGGAGGAGAUGGAGAUAGUGGAAGAUGAGGAGGACGAGCCGCUGUACGGAGGUGAUCAGGACGACGAAGAGGACGACGAAGGAGGGGACGUGUAUGACACUUGGGGACACGUGGGGGAUUAUGUGGACGAAGAUGCUGACGAUGGAGAGGUGGAGGGGGAGGACUUGGAGGAGUGGGGGAGAGUGGAGGACGACGACAAGUGACUCAGUCCAUCCAUUCCUUCAUAACUACUCAGCAAAAACUCUCAAUAGACAUUCAAAUGACACGAAAGUUAGUAAAAAGACUGAGAGAGUUUGAUAUUUUGGUACCUACUUGAACGCGACACUGCCUUCACUUUGGUACCGCGUUGCCUUCUCAACCCCAGACUGCUGGACUGACAGUGGGGAUCUGUACUGGUGCUAAGGCUCGAGGACCGAUUCAGUCCUUCUCUUUAUACUUCUGUCAAUAUGUUUAUUUGUGUCUGGUGCUGUUAUGCUCUUUUGUUUGUUCUCUCAACAUUGUUUACAUUUUUUUUGGGCCUUUUUUUUUUUUUUUUUAAAUGUUUGGAAUACAAGAAAAAGGUGAGAAGUUACACCAGACCAAACUGUCAUCAUAAUGGCAUCUUAUGUUGUUGUUACUGUCUUUAACCUUGUCUUUUUUGAUUACAAGAGUGAUCAGAAUAGUGUUCUCAUGUUACAGUUAAGCACAACAAUACCUGCUUGGUGAGUCUGAGGAUUGCAAAAAUAAACCCGCUGGAGUCAUCGAGGUUUUAGAUGAUUCUUCUCACUACAAAAACAGCCUUUUCUCUCCGUUAAUUCAUCCUAUUUUUUCCUCCAAACAGGUCAGGUCAGAGCUCAGGAUCGGUGGCACAGAGAAAAAAAAAAAGUCAUGACAUUCUACAAUCUCUAAAUGCGUCACAGAUAUAAAUAACGUUUGUUUUGCAUCCAUCACUGCUGUCCCAUUCACUAUGUUAGAAAAUAAAAUCUAAGUACUUAUUCACUUGGUAUCCGGUAUUUCGUCCCCCUUCAGUCACAUGUGGCAUAAGAAAUCUUGUCUAAAACAGUCAGGGUGCUGUAUCAAAGUUAGCUGCUUCAUCCUGGUAUAUUUUGUGAGUGCACACUCGAUAAAUAAGCAGGCAGUAACAGCAGUCAUUUUAUUAGUGCUCACGUUACCUGUGAUCUUUCUGAUUAGCUUUCUACUACAAAUUGUGUCCUAUUUUUUUCCCAUAAAG